AUGGCUUCGACGGGUUCACGCGACGCAACUCCAGACCGAGACCCAGACCCGGCGCACCGAUCUGAUCUGAUCCCCGUCCACAUCUCGCCCGUCGCAUACCCAGCGAACCGGCCGCCCGACGUCCUGUCGACCCCGCGACUUCAUCUUAGUGCUAUUGCCCAGCUGCGGGCAUGCCGACCCAUCCCCGAGGCCCAAGUCCGAGAAUUAUGCCACAAGGCUCGCGAGCUCUUGAUCGAGGAAGGCAAUGUCGUUACAGUCGCAGCACCCGUCACGAUAUGUGGCGAUAUCCACGGCCAAUUCCACGACUUGAUGGAGCUCUUCCGUGUUGGCGGUGACCCCCCCGAUACCAACUACCUCUUCAUGGGCGACUUCGUCGACCGUGGCUUCUACUCUCUGGAGUCCUUCCUGCUCCUGCUCUGCCUCAAGGUCCGCUACCCUGACCGCAUGACCCUCAUCCGCGGCAAUCACGAGUCGCGCCAGAUCACGACCGUCUACGGCUUCUACGACGAGUGUCUGCGCAAGUAUGGUAGCGCCAAUGUCUGGCGCUACUGUUGCGACGUCUUCGACUACCUGGCCCUGGGCGCCAUCGUCCUAGGCGCAUCCAACACCCUCUCACCGCCCAACGAGAACGUUUCAAGCGAAGUCUACGAGGAGGAGGACAUCGAGAUCGAGGUCUGUAAUGCAGACGGAGACAUUAUGAGCCGCUUCACCAGGCAGGCAGCAGACCAGAAGAGCCCGAACGGCAUCCCAGCAAGGACCGGUCCACCGGGUUCUGGCGCCUCGGGCUCGAGUGGCGGAAGCAACGGAAACCCCACCGGCGCGGUGCUGUGUGUUCACGGUGGUCUAUCACCACUGAUCGACACAGUCGACAAGAUCAGACUGCUGGACCGCAAGCAGGAAGUCCCCCACGAAGGAGCCAUGUGCGACCUGCUCUGGUCCGACCCCGAUGAGAUCGACGGCUGGGGCCUCUCGCCUCGAGGCGCGGGUUUCCUGUUUGGAGCAGACAUUGUCAAGGUCUUCAACCACAGGAAUGACCUCUCGCUGAUUGCACGUGCCCAUCAGCUCGUGAUGGAGGGAUUUAAGGAGAUGUUCGAUGCGAGCAUAGUGACCGUAUGGUCCGCCCCGAAUUACUGCUACCGAUGCGGCAAUGUCGCUGCCGUUCUCGAGCUAUCGGAGGAUGCCGGUGGCGAGGGUGUCCUCGCCCGCAGCAAUGGUGAGAUUGGACGCAGUGACGGAGGAGGCGCCAGGGGUGUCAUGGCCGAGAGCGAGAGUCUACUGAAGAGUGGCCCCGCAAGGCGAUACCGUGUCUUCCAGGCGGCGCCGCAGGAUUCCCGCGGAAUGCCGGCAAAGAAGCCAGUAGCAGACUACUUCCUCUAG